AUGCCAGACGAUAUUGAGAUACGGGUCGGGUCCCUGAGAAGCGAUGAGAUGGGAACGGUUAUGGCCGUCAAGAAAAUCAUCCUCCAUCCCCAGUUUAACGUCGACAAGAAUAUGGUCAUCUUCAACGACGUGGGCGUCAUCGUGUUGGACAAAGCCGUCGCUAUAAGUUCGUCCGUUGGCUUGAUGUCCGUCGCACUGAGGGCACCGGCGGACAUGACGAGAUGCACAAUAUCAGGAUACGGUUAUUUAACUCUGAAAGGUUUCACGGCCAAAAAUCAGUCACCCGCGAACAAGAAAUUGCUCUUCGUUGAACUACCCAUUGUGAAGAAGGAGACGUGCGGGGAGAUGAUUCGACUUCCGGAAAUGACUGAUGGCGUCAUUUGCGCGGGCGGAGAGGCCGGCAAAGGCACAUGUGAUAUGGAUUCCGGAAGUCCGUUAGUCUGCCCGACUGCGAAUCUUCCCAACCCAACGAUGUGGCAAGUUGGCGUGGUUAGUAUUGGAAUUUGUGGUGAAGACGUUCCCUCCAUCUUCACCAACCUGGCCAUGUACACAGCAUGGAUUGCCGAGCAACUGCUGGUUUUGUCAUGA